AGCGAGCCGCCGCCGCGGCCUGGGUCCGUGAGGAAGCGCCUGGGCCUGGCCUGCCGAGCGGCCUCGCCGACGCCCGGGCUCGCGCGCAGCCCCUGCCAGCUUCGCGCACUUCCCGUCCCGCGCGACUGGCGCGGGGAAGGUCUGCCGGAGCCAUGGACGACGAGGUGGUCCGAAUUGCCAAGAAGAUGGACAAGAUGGUGCAGAAGAAGAACGCGGCUGGAGCAUUGGAUUUACUGAAGGAGCUUAAGAAUAUUCCCAUGACGCUGGAAUUAUUGCAGUCCACAAGAAUUGGAAUGUCAGUAAAUGCUAUUCGCAAACAGAGCACAGAUGAAGAAGUUACAUCUUUAGCAAAGUCCCUCAUCAAAUCUUGGAAAAAGUUAUUAGAUGGACCAUCAACAGAUAAAGACUCUGAAGAAAAGAAAAAAGAUACUGCAAUUACAUCACAGAAUAGCCCUGAGGCACGAGAAGAAAGCAGCUCCAGCAGCCAUGGCAGCAGCAGGAAGGAUGAGCCCAAUGCACGAGACACCUACGUUUCCUCCUUCCCUCGGGCCCCGAGCACUUCCGACUCUGUGCGGUUAAAGUGCAGGGAGAUGCUCGCUGCCGCUCUGAGGACGGGAGAGGAUUACAUCGCCAUUGGAGCUGAUGAGGAAGAAUUGGGAUCUCAAAUCGAGGAAGCUAUAUAUCAAGAAAUAAGGAAUACAGACAUGAAAUAUAAAAAUAGAGUACGAAGUAGGAUAUCAAAUCUUAAGGAUGCUAAGAAUCCAAAUUUAAGAAAAAAUGUGCUGUGUGGGAAUAUUCCUCCUGACUUAUUUGCUAGAAUGACAGCAGAGGAAAUGGCUAGUGAUGAGCUCAAAGAGAUGCGGAAAAACCUAACCAAAGAAGCCAUCAGAGAGCAUCAGAUGGCCAAGACAGGUGGGACCCAGACGGACUUGUUCACGUGCGGCAAAUGCAAGAAGAAGAACUGCACUUACACACAGGUGCAGACUCGGAGUGCUGACGAGCCCAUGACGACAUUUGUUGUCUGCAACGAGUGUGGAAACCGAUGGAAGUUCUGUUGAGUUGGAAGAAUUGGCAAAAUGUCUGGACCAUUAAGAAAAUGGAUUUUGUAAUUAGCUUUAAGAUUAGGCCAACCAACUAGUUUUCCUGCAAAUCAGAUUUUUAAAGUAACAUGAGUCCCUUGGGUGAGUCUUUGUUUCUGACAUAGCAUCCCUUCCUUAAAUACCUUCUGUAGCUUCAGACCAAUAGGGAGGCCACAUAUGAUUGUAUGGCAUCUGUCUCAAAACAGGUUGUUUUGUUUUUUGUUUUUUUCAUUUUUGUAAGUAAGUUGAUAUUAAACUUUUGGCAGUUUAUUUUUACCUUUUUUUUCUUCUUAAAUGAAAAUGUACCUUAACUUUUUUACAGUCUGAAACAUACACAGUAGAAAUGCUAUUCUUCUCAUUUAAUGCACAAAUGGAAAUUACAUUUUUUCCUAUAUUGGCAUGUACUUGCAAAUAUUAAGAGGAGAAGAGGUAAUGUAAUUAUAAGUUUAUCAAACAUGGUGUGUAUUCAAAUAAUACUUGACCAGCUUAUCUAAAUUGUAUAUAAUAUUUGAACUAGCAUAUGAAAUUGAUUUUAAUUAUUAUGUUCACAAGUCUGGGAUAAUUAGUUAUUAUUUUGCAUUUGUAACUAACUGUGAUCCUCAUUUCUUGUAAUUUCUUGUACAUGUUUAUUACUUGUUCUUAAUAGAUUUUACUUUUGGAAACAUGACUUGACUUUGUGGAAAUCAGUUUGGCUUGCCGUUUAUUUCCCUGAUUGACUUUGCAGUGUAUUUUAGUUUGAGGCGGAACUCUGUCGUAGUUUAGUAGGCUUUUCAUAAAACCCGGCACAGGCAAAGGAUGAGAGCGAUUGACCAUUUUUUCCCCGUGUGGGAGGACAAUCCUGGGAAGCAGGCGCUAGCGUUUUAGGAUAGCGUAGUCACCACGAACAGUUACGACUUAACUUCGACUUGGAGUCUGCUGACCAAGGACUUCAGGGUUUCUGUAAAUGACCAUAGCUGGGUCUUUCCUCACAGAGAUCAAUAGAGACAUUUCUGUCCUGACUAAUUUGCUGACUCUCCUUCUGUUACACAAGAGUGAGGUUGUGGAACAAACUAAUGUGUGGGCUCCGACGUAGCUCGUUUGCAAUUGUGUGUGCCAUCUGCUGUGUUAGAACUAGGAAAGGAUGGUUUCCACAGAGGCUCCUUAGAGCACACUUGUUCUAGCACAUCUUAGACCACUGUUACAAAGUCCACACUUCAUCGGCUCCAUCUCUGUGCUCAGCACCUGGAGAAGGACCUCGGUACAUGCUGUACACUCCCCUUUGCUUUGAUAUAAUACAGAAAAUAGCAUCCCAAAGUCCAUGUUAAGAUCCCAUCUAUAAGAAUUGGCCCGGUAGUACCGUCCCACCUCUGCUUUGUCAAGUCACAGAUUAACCUUUUAUCAUUUGAAAAAUAACAUGCAGUUUUGAAGAAAAUGAGUUUAAGGAGAAUAAAAUAGUCCCACCUUUAAAUUAAGUGAUCCAUUUAAAAAUUUGUAAUUCAAUAAAGUUUCUUGUUAUUAA